AUGACUUGCGGGCUCGAUCCCAUCGUCGACCUCCAAGUGAACCUUCCAGGUCUCGCUGUGGUUCAAAUCUCCGUGGAUCGGCAGGAGGACUUAGCCGCGCUCCUCCGCAUCACCAAGACAGCGAUCCUCCCCCGCGAUCGAGACAAAGUUUCUCAGCUGAUUUCGCCGCGCGGCGCACGGCCACUACGCAAUGGACUCAGCCUGCGGCGAGCAGGCUUGCGCUGCGGAGAUGUGCUCAUCGCCCCGCUGAAGCGCGUUCCGGAGUUGGCCACCACGGAGACCGCGUUCGCAGCCCUGGGCGCGCUGGGCGCCGUGGCGACCUGGGGGCGUUCUCCGAAUCCAGGAGACGACUUGGUCGAUGGCGGCGCAGAACUGAGGAGCGGCGUCGUCGAGGUCACAGCUCACGCGUCGGCCUUCGCAGCCUUGAAGGAAGAUGGCUCUGUCGCCUGCUGGGGCGCAAAAGCCACAGGUGGGCGCAGCCCGGCGCAGCUGAACCAGGUCGUGUGCAUCUUCAACACUGAACGGGCUUUUGCAGCUCUGCGCCGUGACGGCUCGGUGGCUUGCUGGGGCGACCCGCUGUGCGGAGGAGAUGCGACAGAGGUGGCGGAAGCGUUGCAGUCCGACGUGGAGUUCGUCUUCGCCUCUGCAUCGGCCUUUGCGGCGCUGAAGCGAAACGGGGCGGUGGUCACCUGGGGAGAAGGCCUCACAGGGGCGAACACUUCCGGUGUGGCCCAUCAGUUGCGGGAGGGCGUGCAGCACAUCUUUUCGACCAAAGGCGCUUUCGUGGCGAUCAAGGAGGACGGCGACGUGGUCGCCUGGGGCUCCAGCGUAGAUGGCGGCGACGCGUCUAGGGUGGUAGCCGACCUUCGACGGCAACUCAUCAGGGACAUCUACUCCACCCACUCGGCCUUCGCUGCCUUCAUGAAAGAUGGAAGCCUCGUCACCUGGGGCAACGCUCGAAAUGGUGGGAGCAGCGUUGGCGUUGCAGCAGAGGUGUUGAGACGAGGAGGGCUUCGCAGCAUCGCUGCCGGUGAGGCAGCCUUUGCUGCAAUUUGCGCCGACGGUGGCGUUGUUGCCUGGGGCGUUCCAGAGUGGGGCGGCCGCUGCGUGUCCAUCUGCGAGCAGCUGACGGAGGCAUGGCUUCAGCUUUCCAUGGGUGGUCUGCUGGGGCGACGCUGGUUCAGGUCCUACCUAGACAGUGCGCGCCUCAAGACACGAGCAUCGGGUGAUAAGAACAGGGAGGUCGAGAUGUGGGAGGUUCGGGCUACAUAG